AUGGAUAGGCAGACGGUUCCUCCACCAUCAAAGAAGACGGUUCCUUCAACAUCCAAGAAGACGGCAAAAACGAUUUUGACUGGAACGGAUAACGAAGAAGCGGCUUCGAUACUCUGCGAACAACUUAUCAGCCUAACGAAACGUGGAGGGUUUCGACUAAGAAAGUUCGCAUCCAAUUCGCCAACGGCCUUGCGAUCAGUAGACGACGAAGACCUCGCGUUGCCGCACACGACCGAAAUACAACUGGAUCCAAACCCGGCAGUCAAAACCCUAGGACUUGUGUGGCAACCUCGAACAGACGUUUUGCGAUUCAACUUUACCAUAUUGGAUAUCCCGGAAAACGAAAGGCUAACAAAACGGAAAAUUCUAUCGGCAAUCGCAAUGUUGUUCGAUCCACUUGGUAUGGUAGGAGCUGUCACCACAACCGCAAAAAAUUUCAUGCAGAGGCUGUGGAAAUUGAAUGAGAAUGGAGAAAGGCUUGACUGGGAUCAUCCGGUUCCAGUUGAAGUUGAACGAGAAUGGCGCAAUUUUCACCGGCAGCUUCACUUGAUGAACGAGUUGAAGAUACAGCGCUGUGCAGUCGUCCCAAAUUGUGUUAAGAUGGAGCUGCACUUCUUUUCGGACGCUUCGGAGAAGGCGUAUGGUGCCUGCGCAUACAUCAAGAGCAUCGAUGCUCAAGGAAGGAUUUUCGUACAUCUUCUAGCGUCGAAAUCGAAGGUUGCACCCUUGAAAUACCAGUCGAUACCCAGGUUGGAGUUGUGCGGGGCACUAUUAUCAGCGGAAUUAUCCUGCAAGGUACGAGAGGCGUUGAAGGUUGAAAUGGAUAUGUUUUUCUGGACAGAUUCAACUUGCGUGCUGCAAUGGUUGAAGGCGAUUCCAACGACGUGGGCUACGUUCGUUGCAAACCGUGUAGCGAAAAUCCAAUCAGCUACGGAGAACUGUGGUUGGAGACAUGUUCCGGGGGUACAGAAUCCAGCAGAUCUUAUUUCCCGUGGCUUGAAUCCUGAUCAGAUCCAGGAGAACAAUCUUUGGUGGAAUGGUCCCGAAUGGCUACUGCAGAAUAAUUAUCCGGAACAACCAAGCAGCUUUUGCACUGAGGGAGCAGAUGCAGAAGUCCGGCAUGUUGCAGUGAACCUGACAACAAGUCAAACCGAUUUUGGAGCAGAAUACGUUGGAAAAUUCUCGUCGUUUACCAAGCUUGUACGCUGCACCGCAUACUGGAUGCGACUGAUGCGUAUUUUGAAGAAAAAUGAGACAAAUCCCAAGAGUUUUCUAACCGUCACAGAGCUUAGAGACGCCGAAUACGCUAUAAUCCGCCGAAUACAGCUGGAGACGUUUCCUGAAGAAUGGAAGUGCUUGGUCGAAGGAAAGGAUAUUCAUCGAAGCUCGCCCUUAAGAUGGUUUGCUCCUCGAAUUUCUGCGGAGAACUUAAUACGAGUUGGCGGCCGAUUAGGGAAAUCGGAGGAGUCGGAAGAUACCAAACAUCCAAUAGUUUUACCGGCAAAACACCCUUUCACAGUUCUAUUGUACGAGUACUACCAUCAGAAGCUGAUGCACGCAGGUUCACAGUUGCUGCUCAGCUCUGUUCGUUUAAAGUACUGGCCACUUGGAGGUCGGAAUAUUCCUCGGCAGAUUGUCCACAACUGUAAACAGUGUUUCCGCACCAAACCUAGUCCCAUCCAGCAGUUCAUGGGUGAAUUGCCUUUAGCUCGUGUCACGAGAUCGAGACCGUUCUCCAAGACCGGUGUGGACUACUUCGGACCAGUAUAUGUUCGCUUAGCCCCAAGACGACCAGCAAUUAAGGCCUACGUAGCAGUUUUCAUCUGUCUCUGCACGAAGGCAGUGCACCUCGAGUUAGUUUCGGACCUAUCGACGGAUCGAUUUCUCCAAGCAUUACGCCGCUUUAUUGGAAGAAGAGGAUAUUGUUCGGAUAUUUAUUCGGACAAUGGGACGAAUUUCGUAGGAGCUCGUAAUUUUCUACAAGAACUGCUGAUUCAUUUCCGUAACAGCCAACAUCAGGAGAAGGUAGCCAAGGAGUGCGCAAACAACCAUAUUCAGUGGCAUUUUAUUCCCCCCGCUGCACCCCAUUUUGGAGGCCUUUGGGAAGCUGCAGUUCGAUCGGCCAAGAAGCAUCUUCUCAAGGUUCUUGGAGAAAACGCUGUUUCCUUCGAAGAUAUGACCACGUUGCUUGUUCAAGUGGAGAAUUGUUUAAACUCGAGACCGAUCACUGCGUUAACCGAUGACCCAGGAAACCUUCAACCGUUGACACCAGGGCAUUUUUUAAUUGGAGAACCAUUUCAACAGCUAUCAGAAAGGGAUUACAGCGAGGUACCAAUGAAUCGGCUUAAUCAGAGCCAAGUUAUCCAGAAAAAGCUACAACAUUUUUGGGAUAGAUGGAGAACAGAGUAUCUCACUCAGUUGCAAGGGCGAUACAAGAGAUGGAAGUCACCUGUCGAGAUAACUGUUGGGAAACUAGUGAUCAUCAAGGACGAUAAUCUAUCGCCAUGCCGCUGGAAGAUGGGACGUGUUGAAAAGCUGCAUCCUGGAUCCGACGGUGUUGUUAGAGUAGUUACUCUGAAGACGGCUACAGGACCUUCUACGCGCCCAGUUGAAAAGCUGUGCAUACUACCAGAAUCAUUUCAGCCUGAAGAAGAGUACCAACUUGCCCGUGAAAACCAAACAGAUCAGACCUCCCCCUUGUGUUCGUGA